UUGAUAUUUGCCUCGAGAGGGCGUAAAUUCACAGUAGGCGUUUUGGGACUUGUCAUUUGUCAUAAUAAAAUAGUGAAUAAUACGCAAACAUAACCUGAAACCGUGUCGCGAGAGAAUUUAAUUUAUUAGGGGUUAUGCUUAUCUAUCGAAAGUGAUUGCGCGAGGUACGAGCUGUCAAAAGGAUCAAAAAUGAAGUAUUCCACGUCGCCGCCAACGAGUCGGUGUCACUCACCCGUUCCAACAGAAUUCUCGUCCUCGUUGCCGAUGCCGAUCGUUUACAGACAUAAUUGUAUGGGAGCGGCGACAAAAAGCUACAAAUAUCUGAGAAAAUUGCUGAAGUUUGAACAGAUGGAUUUUGAAUUUGCUAUGUGGCAGAUGAUCUAUCUAUUUGUAGCGCCACAAAAAGUAUAUAGAAACUUCCAAAACAGAAAACAAACAAAAUCGCAUUUUGCAAGAGACGACCCUGCAUUUUUAGUAUUGGUCAUGGGUUGUUUCUGCAUAUCUACUAUCGGUUUAGGAUUGAUGCUGAAUUUAAGAAUAUUUCAAUUCACGAAGUUGUUGCUUUAUAUGAUGUUCAUUGAUUAUCUAGUUGUUGGAUUGUUAAUAGCAACGAUAUUUUGGUUUAUAACAAAUCGAUAUCUCAGGAUAGACAGAACACAAGACGUUGAAUGGGGCUAUGCAUUCGACAUCCACUUAAAUGCAGUGUUUCCUCCAUUAGUUAUACUUCACAUUUUACAAUUAUUUCUAUAUAAUGGUCUCAUAAACAAUGAUACAUUUUGGGGGCGAUUCAUUGGGAAUACUUUUUGGUUUAUAUCUAUCGGUUAUUAUAUUUACAUAACGUUUCUCGGCUACGCAAGUAUCGAAAUACUUCAUAAAACUCAUUUGAUAUUGUCCAUUCUACCUAUAAUGCUGCUGACAUACAUUACUACAUUAUGCGCCGGUAUUAAUAUCAGUUAUUUAGUUAUAGAAUUCUAUCGUUAUCGCGCUUUGUAAAAUAUUCUUAUAUCUGUACGAAUGUCGGAAUAAUACUGGUUAUAUAGUA